AUGGAAUAAUAAUAUAAAGGUAGGAAAUUAAUCAUUUAUUAAGAGUAAUUACUGAACCUGGAGAAACAAAUACAAGUAGUCAAUAGUUUUUUAGUACAAAUACAUUAUUUUUAAAUAAUAUUGGAUUGAGUACAAAUAUAUCAUCGAGCACUUUGAGACAUACAGCCCCUUAGAUUUCAUUUCCAAAAGCAAAUAGAUUUAAUACUUAAUCUUAAAUUUAAUUGCCAACUAAAUUGGAAUUGGCAUCAUAAUUGGGAAAAAGGUUGUAAACAUAAAAUGAAUAAAUAUUUUAUACAGAUACACUUAAUAAGGAUUCGGUAAUAAGAAGGUGUUUCAAUAUGAAUGGUAAAAAGUGAAUGCAAAAGAAUUCCCUAGUCCUGAUAGAUAUUAAGUGAGAUAAGAACCAGGAAAAGAUUAAUAUAAGAGAUCAUUUGGAUUAUCUUGGGAAGCAUAUUCUAAGACUUAUUUACCACAUAAUAAACAUUAAGCUCCAGAAGUAGCUAAGUUUUUACCAGGUAUAUUAUUUUAUAAAUAUAAGGUCCUGGAGAAUAUUAUGUACGUUAAGAUUUAGGAUAACAUAGAUAUUAAGUUUAAUUGAAGGGUAAGGGUAAGAUGUUUAAUGAUCAAAGAGAAAAUGGUGUUCCUGGACCUGAAACUUAUUAACCUUCAAUAUCAUUGAUACUUCCUAAUAGAUUUUCUGUAAUUGUUUUAUUACAAAUAUUGUUUAGAAAAUCUCUUAAGGGAUUGGAGAAAAAAAGGAUCCCUUUAAAUCCUUAAGUUUCACUCCUGGACCAGGAAGAUAUCAAUCAAAUUCAGCUUUUGAUAAAGUUUCCAAAAAAAGAGAAUUCAUUACAAAACCUGGAGAAAAAAGACCAUUCAUAUGA